AUGCGGAAUCCACAACUGCUGCGCUGUGUUGGGAGUGCCCAAUUGAUGGUGCAGAGGUCUGCCGCAUCGCUAACACACACGGAUGUCUUUAUACUUGAUGAUACGAAGCACGUGUACGUGUUUGUGGGCCGUGACUCAUCUCGUAUCACCAAGUCAAAG